UUUAGUUGUUUGGGAAAAGAGAGCUACAGUAGUGUGGUAACUGCAUAGAAACGAAGGGUUUAUUAUGUGUUUGCAUAACGUGUCCGUAUAGGGAUUAACCACCAAUGGCUGUUGGGCCAAAUACUCCAGGUAUAUGAGUGUCAUGAUGGGAUGUUGAAUAAAGCAGGCAGAAUCGUAUCUCUCCAUCUCCUGUCCUCAAGGUAUGAAUGAGCCUGAUAGUAACGGAGGCCUGCUGCAGAAUUCUUCCUCAGCAACAGCACACUGCCGUAUAUGACGCCUGUAAAGGACACGUGUGUAGGAAUCUGUCUACACUGUCUUUGAUUUCGUAUGUCCGUAGACGUGGGAUAUAUCCAGAAAUAGAUUUACUGAGAGCUCUAAGUUUCCCCUUCCAUAUGUUGGAUGAGAAGACUCUUGUGUUUUGGCACAUCCAUACACCCCCUUUUUACUAGCACAUCCUGUAGUGCUAAGGAUGGAUGUACGGCAUGUGAGGAAGGAGCAUGAAGCUUUGUAAACUGGCUGGACAUGUGGUAUCCUUGGCAGGAUUAAUACUAUAUUGUAAUGGCUGUUGCAGCAGUGAUCUAUUCAAGCAUCUAUUGGCAUGGGCAAUCGUGACGCAUCUGUCUGCUUUUGCCAUUGCGUCGUGCGUGCUGGUUACAUGCUAAUUUGCAGAUGAGAACACCAGACAUUAAGUGUUGUCAUGGAAGCUGAUAGAAACAUUGAAGGUGCUAUUAAAACGGAACAUUUUUCUGAUGUCUGUGGAGAGUCUACCAGAAGCCAGAGUGAGGGAAGUGACUUAACAAUUGAGUUUCUAGACAUUGGUAACCCUGCUACCGAUCUGCAGCCCCCUGCAAAGAUGAAAAAGACUUUUAAACUGUUUAAUAUGAAAAGAGGCAUAUUGCCUAACUUUUUUUCCAAAAAAGACAAUGGGAAAGCACUGUGUAAAAAAGUUAUCAGUAAAAGUAAGACACACGAUGGCAUAAUUGAAGUAGAGCACUGUGAUGGUAAAAGGGGAUCAAUCCAAAAUGGCUCCGAUGCGGAGAAGGACAUAUAUCAUCAGAGGUCUUUUCAUGAUAAAACAGUUUCAAGCUCUCAAAGUGCUCAUUGUGAUAUUAACACCAACUCAAAGCUGAACUUUCACAAAGUAUCAUCCCUAGAAUGCAUUCAUAAAAACUUAAAUGCAGGCAAGUCAUCUGCCUCACCAAGACCAAAGAAAGGUCUAAGAGGUCUGCUCAGUAGCAUCAGGCGGCACAAGAAGAAGGCUGUUGUACAAAGAGAUAGCUGCGAUUUCAGCAACAUAAAGGAUAUUUCCAUUGGAGAUGUAAAUCAGGAGCAUGCAAACAAGCAGCAUGAGAGUGAUCCUAAGUUAGGAAAGAAAUUGCUUAGUGACAGCGAAAGUGAGCUUGCCCAGACAAUGCUCCCAAAUUCUUCAGGUGACAAAGACAAUAAAACAAUUCCUUUAGAGUCUGCUUCAGAUGAAAAGACACUAGCAGCUGAUUUUAGUACAAGUGCAUGCAGAGAAACUGUGCUGGCCAAAGAACCAAAGGACAUAUACAAAGAGAAUUCUUUAAGUGUGAAAACAGAUGGAGCUGUUCUUUAUAGAAAUUCUCAGUUUAGCAGUUUACCAGAUAUUAUAAAUAGUGGUUAUGUGGAGAGUGACGCACCUUCACUGCAUUCAUACGAUCAGGUUAGUGUUCUAUUUGAUGUCACCUCUCUUAAAAGUUUUGAUUCUUUGACUGGAUGCGGUGAUGAUAUCGCUGACCAGGAUGAUGAUAGUAUCGGUGAUAGUACAGUAUCAGCUGAGAGAAGUAAAAAUGCUGCAAAAAGAAGCUCUUGCCUUGUUACUUACCAAGGUGGAGGGGAAGAAAUGGCCACUCCAGAUGAAGUAGAUGAGGAAUAUCUACAAGACCUGUGGGAAAAUACAGGAACUGUGGCUGAAUGCUAUGAAACUGAAAGGUUGCAGUCAAGAAUGGAACACCCAGAACCCAAUCAUUCUUCAGAUCAGCAUGUUUCUGAAAUGCGUGCAAAUAUUUCUCACCCUGGUCUGACAAGGGCGACUGUUGAAAAUACAGACCUGCUAACACCACAGAGUGAUCAGCAGGAGUCUGCACCAAACAGUGAUGAGGGCUACUAUGAUUCUAACACGCCAGGAACCUUGGAUGAAGGUGGAGAUGGCUUUAACCAAAACAAAAAGGAUCGUCUUCCUCGGGACAGUUACAGUGGUGAUGCACUUUAUGAGCUGUAUGAUCCUGAUGACAGUCCAAUGAACCCCCCCUUUGAUGACUCUCUUGACACUAAAAUUCCUUGUUUAAACACUGCUGAAACAUUUUUUAGUUUAAGUGAAAAGGCUGAUAAUUUCUCUCAUUUUUUUAGCCAAAAGUUAGGAGUUAUGGAAACAGAGGAAGAAAGACUGGCUGUUAUUCAACAACAGUUGCUGUGCUGGGAGUUAAAAAGAAUGAAUGUAUCAACCUCAAAAGCACUGGAUCUUCUAGACAAAGCAAAACGUGCCAUUGAGAAACAGACCUUUGAAUGUAACAGUAGAGCUGACGUUACGAAUGUGUUAGAAAAAAUGCAGCAAAACUGCUUUGCUGGUGAGCAGGCUAUAUUGCAGCCUUCAAACCUAACUGUUAUAGGAAAUAAUGGUGUUUGCUCCAGGACUGACAAACAGAACUCAUUGAACCCAUGUAGGAAAAAUAAGUCUGAGGGAAGUGAGGGUCAAGUGAUUUGUGCGAGUUAUAGUUCUGAAAAACUAUGCAAGGGUACUUCAUGUGAUUCCGAUUUAGUAAAAACGGAGCUGGAGCAAAAAAACAAGCUUUCUUCACAACAGACAAAUCAUUUUGAGCUCCUAAAAAUGUCUAAUAAUGGAAACACUGCCAUCGUUAAUGAUCAAAAAAGAUUAGAUGAUUUUUCCACUGAAAAAGAAAAAUUUAGCAGGGAAUAUGAACAAGCUGUUAAUUUUUCCCAAGCUUUAGUAGAAUUUACGAGUAAUGGUACCAGUUUUCCCAAUAUUUCAGAAAGCCUCGAUUGUUCAGAUUCUGGUUCAUUUACUCAGAGUCUACCUUCUCUCCCAGUCAUGGUAACAUUUGAUGUUGUUGAUGUAGAAAAUGAAGGAGGCUGUGAUCAACAGAUUGAAAUGAGUACAGCAGAUGAAAUUGAAGCAUCUUUUGAGGCAUUUGAUGACAGCUGUGUACAAAAAGAGUCAUUUGCAGAAUAUGACGACAGAAUGUUUCAUGCACAUGCUUACAACAGCUUUAGUAACAGUUGGGGUGUUGCUAGUCUUCCUCGCCAUCUCAGCCUUUAUAGAACGACACCAUCAAUACCCAUGCCACUGUCUCUUAAUAGAAGAAGUAGGUCACUUGAUACUGACAGUUUGGAAUCUGAGCUGUCUAAUGUGCCUCUGCCAAAAGGGCGCAUUCCAUCUCUUGAACUACAUAAGGCUGACUGGGGAGGUAAAAAGGUUUCAAAAGGGUGCCCACUUGCUGACUACAAGUGCAAUAAUCAAUCUUUUUAUUCAGAGAUGAAAGAUACAACAGGCAUUAAACCAUAUACGCCAUCACAGCAGGAUCCGUGCAGCAUACCAGGAGAUGGGAAGAGGCAGAAAAUAAGCACAAAUUGCAGUGUCGUGAAAGACAGAUGGCAGCACCUUGAAGCUGAGGAAAUAAAUCCGCCAUUUGUUCCUGUAGAACAGUGGCAUUCAAAGCAUUCUUGUUCUAGAGGGUCUAGGAGAACUGAACACUAUAAUGCAGUGCCUAGUAAUGUCAGACAGGUCGAAAGGCCAUCUCAUUUACCCUUACCAACAGACUUUCGGUCUCAGAAGGGAGCAAGCACACACAGGAGCAGUCGAGAGAGUACAUACAAAAAGCAGACUUUUGGACCUGCAGUGGAAGAAAAAUGUGGAACCAGGUUUCCACCUAGACCUGCUAAUGACCUUUGCUUGGACAAACCCCCAAAAUGUAAACCUGUAGGGGUCACUCAAGGAGUGCCUCAGUUGCAUUCAAGUAGUACUGAGAACUUAAAACUCAAUCAUUCUUCUGACCAAUAUAGUAGUGUCAGGAGUGCAUGUAAAGGAAAAGGUGAACAUGCGGUAACUCUGCAGGCUGGUUGUAUUAAACACUGUAAAGUAGAACUUUAAAAACUGCCUUAACGAUUCCAUAAAAAGCAGUUUUUUUUUCUGUAUUUGAGUCAGGGUAAAAUCGAAGUUACAUUUGCAGUAUAUAACAGGUGCAGGUUUACACCAUGAUGUGUAUCCUCAUUAUGUAUUCUGCAUUAUACUUUAUUUUUGCCUUGUGUAUCUCUUUCCACUUAGUGGAGGGGUGUCGGGGAAAUAAGAUUAGCUUAAGUAAUAUGACCCUGGAGGCUGCUCCUGUUGCUACCUCUCUUAAAAACUAUAAAUACAUUCAACAAAAUGUAGUAAAGGAUUUAAAAUCAUUUAUAUUUUGCUUUUUGAAACACUUACCAAACGUGGAUUGUACUUGAGAAAAACAUUUUUUACACUAAGCACAGUGAGUGACCACCCUGCUGAAUCGGGGUGAAUCUCUUGCAUAUGCAUUGUCAGCAUUGUUCAUGCAGUAUCCUUGUAUAAUAUGUAAUGAUAUUGCGUUCAAAAGUGGCAUAGGUCAGUCUUGAUUUGCUGAAGACGUAUAGUGCCAUGUAUUUGUCAUGUUGCACAGCUGAUAUUGUAAAUGUGUUUGUGCGCUCUUUUUUUGUAUAUGCUGUGAACAAUUUUAUAAGCUAUGUAGCCCUUCCCAGGGCAUUGAUGUUUUGGUUGGGGAGUAGAAUGCAUCACCCUUUGUAUUACUUGCUUUCCUAAAAACUGUCUUUGUCUUUAUUUUUACGUGUGGUAUUUUGAUACACGUGAAGGUAAUCCUGAAACAACAUAUUUUGUGCUAUUUUUUUUUCUUAGUUUGGUAUGACCGAAUGAUAAACUUUACCCCCUCCCCCCACACACACACAUAUAUGCAGUUGUAAAUAAUUAAGACCAGUGCUUAUGUCACUUGUAUGCCUUCUUGCUUCAUCAGCCUUAAUAAAUACUCUGCAGGUGCAGCUGUGUAGUGGAAAAUGAGGAAAGCUUCUUAAAGUAUAUCAUCCCUGCAAGAAAACCAUUGGAGUAGUAGUAGUAGUAGUUGUCCUCUGGAAAGCAUAACUGUUCGUCAUAUACUGCAGUCUGUUAGCAGGUUUGUGCUAAGAAAAGACCCAUGUUUUUCUGGAUUACGUUUUUGGCAUUCAGUCUUUAUGCUUUUAUUUUGUUGACCAGAUGAGACCCAGGGAGAGACCUUUUAGAGAAAGCUUUUGCUGAGGCUUAAACUUGAAUUUGCUAAGUUAUUUUUAAAUGGUAGUCCUUUACCACAAGGGCUCCAGAUUGUUGGUAUUCAAAUUUAAAACAUUUUAGCGAUUUUUAUGUCUAUUGCAGCAACUGAAACUUCACUUGCAUUAUGAAUUGAAAUUAAAAGAAAAUUUACUUUGCAGACUCGUCCAGCUGCCUGUGUCCAUUCUCUUUUGCCAUUGACUGCCCUUCUGUAACUAUUUCACUUGAGCAGAUGUAUCAGACUUUCCCCUUGGAGUGAUUGUUUUGUUUUCCUUCUCCAUUAGUUUCUUUGUAUAAGUUAAUGUAUUUGUGAAUUGAGCAUGAUUACUACUAAGUGCAUAAACAUUUUCAAAAGUAA